UAGAGCAUUGUAAACAUGUGGGUAGGGAUUCCCAUGUUUAUGUAUGUUCCGAAAACUUGGUAUACAGUGGUGUGUGGUCGGGAGUUGUGUAUCAUCAAAAUCAGUGCUUCUAAUGGGAAUUGUGUUCCAAAUUCAGGUCCUCCUUUGUUUUUGAUGGGCCAUGUACUGUACCAUCAUGACAAAUUGCACGCUAACAUAGUGCUCCAGAAUGUGGCCCUAUUUCAACAUUCAAAGGAGUUAUGUGACAUCACACUCACUGUAGAGAAUGAGGAGAUAAGAGCUCAUAAAAUUGUUUUAGCAGCUUCAUCUCUAUAUUUUAGGACUAUGUUUUGUGGAAGUUUAAUGGAAAGCCACCAAGAAAAGAUAGUUCUCCAUGACAUUGAACUACCUACCUUUAAGGAAAUCGUACAUUUUAUGUACACAGGUCAAAUAAAGAUUUCUGAGGAAAAUAUUUAUUCUGUGAUCAGUAUGGCAGAUUUCCUACAGAUUCCAGCUUUAAGCCACCCCUGCUGCCAGUAUCUACAGACAAGUCUCUGUGUAGACAACUGCCUAUCAGUGUACCAGACUGCUAUAGGUAGUGGUUACAAUGAUCUUGCCCAUGAAGCUUUGCGCUGCAUACUUCGUAAUUUCUCAUCUGUCUGUGAACAGCCUGAAUUCUUGGAUGUAACUAUUGAACUGUUGUCAGAUAUUCUUUAUUCAGAUUACAUAAACAUUGAUGAUGAAAGUAGGCUACUUGAGAUAUUUAUUCGUUGGAUAAAAGUUGAUCUAGAGAACCGUGCACGACACAUUCCUUUGAUUCCAAAAAUGAUUUGUUUGGAUGCAGUACCAAUGGAAAAGCUUAUAUCAGUAAAAAUUGAUUCAGUUAUGUUCAAGACUGAGCUUCGUUCUAUAAUGGAUAAAUGUAUUGAUAAAAUUUUGACUGUAAGAUAUGAUGAUCCAGAACAAAACGACCUUAUACUGGAUGAAAAGAGACCCUGCAAAUUUUUUCGAUACCAUGCUGAGCAACAGGUGAUGUUAGUCAUAGGUGGAAAAAUGGAUGAUACAACCACUCAUGCAAGUGUAGAAUGUUUUACUCCUGGAUUCAGUCAAUGGAGUUAUCAUCUUCCUGGUCACAAAAUAUGCAUAAAGAGUAUGCACCAUGCACGAUCUUCAUUUGCUACAGCUGCCAAAGAGUAUGAUGUGUAUGUCAUUGGAGGGAAAGGUGAGUCUGGUCUACUGGCCACAUUUGAACAUUAUCAUGUGAAAUGCAACACGUGGAAUUUGUUACAAAAUAUUCCUAAAGCAGUAGAGGGUGCAGCUGCUGUUAUUGCAAAUGGAAAACUUAUUGUAACAGGAGGUCGAUCAACGACUUGUUAUGAAUCUUCUACAUGGGUCUUUGACAAUACUGUGAAUAAAUGGCAGCAACUUGAAUCGAUGAAAAUUCGCCGUGGCUUUCACUCCUGUGUUUGUGUAGGGGGCAUGGUAUAUGCUUUAGGAGGCAUUGGUGGAGAUUCCCCAACCGCAGAAGGAUGUAUAUCAAAAGUUGAGAGACUUGACAUUUCACAAACUGCAUGGUACUUUGUGGCUCCCAUGGUGCAGGCACGUGCUCACUUUGGUUGUGUGGCAAGUGGUCAGUCCAUUUAUGUUGCUGGAGGCACUUCUGAUGAGAUAUACCUCAGAAGCAUUGAAAGGUAUGACACAUCAACAGACACGUGGUGUGUCCUGAAGCCAAUGCAAAUACCCCGAGCGUAUUUUGGAAUAACAGUUUUCCACAAUCGAAUUUAUUGUGUGGGUGGCAGUGAUAGUGUGCAUGAACUCAAUACAGUAGAGAAAUAUAAUCCAAGCACUGACAUGUGGCACUGUGUUAUUUCCAUGAAUGUCAAACGUGUGUCACCAUCUGCUGUAACAGUAUAUAUUCCAACAUUUCCUGGUGAGCUGCCUUCAAAGUGUCUUUCCCACCCACACCUUAAAUAAAACAGAAAAACUAUUUAAUUUCCAGUGAACAAUACAUAUUAUUAGCUGCUUCAUUCUACUAUAGUUUGUGUUGCCAAUGAGUGUGAUUCUUCAGUUAUAUUGAGAUAUUAUUUCCAAAAACUUAACUGUUACAAGUGACUAGCUUUAAGUUCUAUUUUUUAAAAAAUACUCAAGAUGACAAAAAAUAUUGCAGAAUUCAAGUAGCUGUAUGCCACAUGUAACUUUGCCAGUAAUCAGUUGUUGCUAAUGACUACUUACAUUAACUUCUUCAAGCACAUUGCUGUCAUUCUAAUGAUUAUCAUACACAUGCUCCAUGUAAGUUAUUCCAGUGUAAAUUUUGGAAAAUAAAUGAACUACAGUGAUUGGUCACAGA